AUGUCCACCGUCAUCACCGGCGCCGCCUUUGGCGCGGCUCUCGUCUCCGCCGGCGUCACCGAUCCCGCCGUCAUCAUCUCCCAGUUCAAGUUUGUCAACUUUGACAUGAUCCAGGCUUUCCUCGCCGCCACCGCAACCACUACCAUCGCCGUCGCCGCCCUCGACAAACUCGGCUACGUCAAACUCAACCCCCGCUCCGCCUCCCCCUCGGCCUCCUCUCCCGCCACGACGGCAACAUCCUCGGCGGCGCCCUCCUCGGCGCCGGCAUGGCCUUGUCCGCCUCCUGUCCCGGUACCGCCAUCGCCCACGCCGCGCUCGGCCUCCGCACCGGCUGGUACGCGCUCGCCGGCGCCACCGUCGGCGGCAUCCUGUACACCACCGCCGUCGCCCCCGCCAUCGCCGCCCGCCGCCGCCGGGCCCCGCUGCGCAGACCGCCGACAACGACAAGACCAAGGACGAGAACAAGAGCAAGGCUUCUUCCCCGCCUCUCGCCGUCCACGAAACCCUCGGCGCCCCCGCACCGCCACCGUCCUCGCCCUCGAGGCCGCCUACGUCGCCGUCAUCGCCGCCACCAUCAACCUCGCCGGCCCCAGCCCCUACAAGUCCCUCGUCGCCCCGGCCCUCGGCGGCGUUCUCAUCGGCGCCUCCUCGCUCCUCUCCCUCCUCCUCCGCAAGUCCCUCAUCGGCGUCUCUUCCGUCUACGAGGACAUUGGAAAAUACGUUUCGUGGCUCCUUCGCGGCGCCCCCGGCGCCAUCCCCAAGGCCUACACCAGCUCCGUCUUUGCCGCAAGCAUCGCCGCCGGCGUCUACGCCCUCCGCCUCAGGUAUCCCGAGGUCGUGCCCCUCCCCGACCCCCGCGUCACCGACUUCAACGCCGCCCUCGGCGGUUUCUUGUUCGCGCUAGGUGCCAGAAUCGCGGGCGGCUGCACCUCGGGCCAUGGGAUCAGCGGCAUCUCCCUCUUGUCUAUUUCGAGCUUCAUCACCAUUGCCAGCACUUUUGCGGCGGCCGGCGCUGUGGCCUUGUCUGUUUAUUGA